UCCCUCCCCCUUCUUCAACCCCGCAAGCUCCCUUGGAGCGCAUGCGCAGUGACAACCUCCCAUCUUUCUCCCAGCCAGAGCCAGAGUCUCAGCAGCAGCAGCUGAUGAUGAAGAAGAGAGGGAAGGGGGAGAAUGGGGGGACCUUUUAUUUAUAUUGUUAAAGGGACAGAGCACUAAUUCCACCUUGAAUUGGUUUGCGGGGAGGGUUCGGCCUGAGGAGAUUGAGUUUCUCCCCCACCCCCAGUCUAGCUAGAGGAUCCCAGAGAGACCUAGAGAGAGGAGAGUUUCUUCCCCCGCUUUGGCCGUCAGAGGAGAGAGAAAAGAGACCAAAAGCCUCUUAGCAACAUAGCCCUGUCUCCUUCUCUGCUACUGUUACUGCUGCUGCUUUUUGGCCCUGACUGGAGACACCUCACCACCCACACACACACACACACACGAGCAGCAGCCAGUUCACCAGCUCCCCCCAUCCCCCUACUCUCCCCUCCUCCCCCUUUAUUACCCUUUGUGUGUGUUUCUCUCUCUACUGCUCCAGGAGAGGAAAUAAAAGUGGGGUGCAGCCAAGGUUGCCAUGGAUAGAAUAUAUUACUGGAUGUAUUAAUAAUUGCUGAAGAUGAUACUUUUUACAGUACAGACUUUUAAAAUCUGGGAUUUUACACAGGAAAGGGUUUCAUAUUGGAACUAUAUCAUCAUGCGAAAAUUGCCCAUCAGUACCUUUGACAACGAAUGGAAGAGGACAAGAAAGCAAAAAGAACUUUGAAUAUAAGAAGAUUUAAUACCUGGAAGUCUUGGCUGCCUAUAAAAAUGGGACUUAUUCUCCCAAAAUACAAAUUAACUUAAUUAAUCAUUAAGUUUGGAGUCAUGCUACUGAACUAGAAAUAAACUUUUUUUCUCGCUCCCUGGCCAGUAACAGAGCAUUGAUGGAUUAUGAUUUUCCCAAGUUGGAAACAUUAAUUUUUACCCAUUUAGGCUAUCCUUAUGUCUACAUAAGGAAUACAACAUUUCAUACUUAACAUUGAUCAGAAUGGGCAACUGACUUGCUAACCCUCCCCACCCCCCAUCCCACCCCCCAAAAUGGCAGAUCUUACAGACUUGGUUCCAAACUGAGCCAGAGCUUCCCAAUGCACUUUGUACAAACUGGGAAUAUCUGUACUGUAUACCUGCCUUCUGAAGGCCACAAUGACAUAUAAAAUAAGGAUAUCAUCUUACUGUUGAUAUCUUUGAAGAGUCAUAAACGGAAUCAGAAAAAUGAAUGGAGGCAAGGAGUGUGAUGGUGGAGAUAAGGAUGGAGGGCUGCCUGCAGUACAAGUCCCGGUUGGUUGGCAACGGCGGGUGGAUCAAAAUGGAGUUCUUUAUAUUAGUCCUAGUGGGUCUUUAUUGUCCUGUUUGGAGCAGGUUAAAACAUACCUGUUGACUGACGGAACAUGCAAGUGUGGUUUAGAAUGUCCUCUCAUCCUUCCUAAGGUAUUUAAUUUUGAUCCUGGAGUUGCUGUAACACAAAGAACAGCUGAAGAUGUUAAAGCAGAUGAAGAUGUCACUAAGCUAUGCAUCCAUAAACGGAAAAUUAUUGCAGUGGCUACACUUCAUAAAAGCAUGGAAGCACCACAUCCCUCACUGGUUCUAACUAGUCCUGGGGGUGGAACAAGUGCAACUCCAAUAGUAUCUUCACGAGCAGCAACUCCAAGAUCAAUCAGAAAUAAAUCCCAUGAAGGAAUUACAAAUUCUGUGAUGCCAGAAUGUAAGACUCCUUUCAAAUUGAUGAUGGGGGCCUCAAACGCCAUGGGUAGGCUUUAUGUGCAAGAGAUGUCUGGAAGCCAGCCACAAGAAUUUCAUUCUGUCUAUCCUAGGCAGAGAUUGGGUAGUAAUGAACAUGGACAGAAGUCUCCAUAUAGAGGCAGUCAUGGAGGAAUGCCUAGUCCAGCUUCAUCAGGAUCACAAAUAUAUGGAGAUGGCUCAAUCUCUCCUAGGACAGACCCACUUGGAAGUCCAGAUAUUUUCACAAGGAAUAAUUCAAGUUUUCAUGGAGCACCCAACUCUAGUCCUGUUCAUAUGAACAGAACACCCCUAUCCCCCCCUUCAGUAAUGCUACAUGGUUCUCCUGUGCAGUCGUCUUGUGCAAUGGCUGGAAGGACUAAUAUACCUCUUUCCCCAACUCUGGCCACAAAAAGUCCUGUAAUGAAAAAACCCAUGUGUAAUUUCUCAGCUAGUAUGGAAAUACCACGAGCAAUGUUUCACCACAAACCACCUCAAGGUCCUCCACCACUUCCUCCACCUUCUUGUGCUCUUCAGAAAAAGCCAUUAACUUCAGAGAAGGACCCACUUGGCAUUCUUGACCCCAUUCCUAGCAAACCAGUGAAUCAGAAUCCUGUUAUCAUUAAUCCAAGUACUUAUCACUCAAAUGUCCACUCUCAGGUACCUGUGAUGAAUGUAAGCAUGCCUCCAGCCGUUGUUCCUUUGCCAAGUAAUCUCCCUUUGCCAACUGUAAAACCUGGUCACACAAACCAUGGGAGUCACAUGCAAAGAGUUCAGCACUCUGCUUCAACCUCUCUCUCACCCUCACCAGUAACAUCUCCAGUUCAUAUGAUGGGAUCUGGAAUUGGAAGGAUUGAGGCUUCGCCCCAAAGAUCACGUUCAUCUUCCACAUCAUCUGAUCAUGGAAAUUUCAUGAUGCCUCCAGUAGGACCACAGUCAUCUUGUAAUAUUAAAGUUCCUCCUCGAUCACCAAGGUCAACAAUAGGAUCACCUAGACCAUCCAUGCCAUCAAGUCCUUCUACCAAGACUGAUGGACUACAUCAAUAUAAGGACAUCCCUAACCCGUUGAUUGCUGGAAUGAGUAAUGUAUUAAAUCCUCCAAGCAGUGCAGCGUUUCCAUCUGUAUCUGCUGGAAGUGGGCCCAUGAAAAGUCAGCCUGGCUUGCUGGGAAUGCCUUUAAAUCAGAUCUUGAACCAGCACAAUGCUGCCUCUUUUCCAGCUAGUAGUUUACUCUCAGCAGCAGCCAAAGCACAGCUAGCAAAUCAAAAUAAACUUGCUGGUAACAAUAGCAACAGCAGUAGCAAUUCUGGAACUGUUGCCAGCAGUGGCAGCAAUGAUGGACAUAGCACUUUAAACACCAUGUUUCCUCCUACUGCCAACAUGCUUCUACCAUCAAGUGAGGGGCAAAGUGGUCGAGCAGCACUACGAGAUAAACUGAUGUCUCAACAAAAAGACCCUUUGAGGAAAAGAAAACCACCAACCACUACAGUGUUGAGUUUGCUUAGACAGUCUCACUUAGAUGGUGUUCCUAAAUCUGGGCCUGAUUUGAUAAGAAAACAGAACCAAGGUUCAUUUCCCAUCACUUCUAUGUCCCAGUUGCUUCAGUCCAUGAGCUGUCAAAGUUCUCAUAUAAGCAGCAAUAGUACUUCUGGUUGUGGGAGCUCAAAUACUGUUUUGCCUUGCUCUGCUAACCAGCUGCAUUUCACAGACACUAAUAUGAACUCCGGCACUCUUCAGAAUUCUCUGGUGCAGAAUUUACCUUUAAGAGGGGAAAGUAUGCACUGCCAGAAUUCAAACACUAACUUUGGCCAUGGCACUAGCCCAGGCCCUGGCCCAAACAACCAUCUUGCAGGCCUAAUAAAUCAGAUGCAAGCUAGUGGAAACUGUGGGGUGCUCAACCAGUCUGGAAUGGUUUUAGGAAACUCUUUACAUCUGAACCCAGCUCAGCCACGAAUCCAAGCACCUUCCACUCCAGUGAUACCAAACAGCAUUGUGAGCAGUUGCAAUCAAACCAGUCCUGAAACAGGGAGGGCAGGACCAUCAUCAUCCACAGCUGUAGCUGGCACCAGUCAACCUGCCAUCACCAAGACAACAUCUGUUCUUCAAGAUGGUGUCAUCGUCACAACCGCAACUGGAAACCCACUUCAUAGCCAGCUCCCUCUUGGAAAUGACUUUCCGUUCGUUGGCCAUGAACAUGCUCUGCAUUUUCCACAGAACAGCGCUUCAAACAACAAUCUUCCGCACUCUUUGAAUCCAAACCUCUUUAGUUCUCUACCUAUCUCUUUGCCAGUGAAUCAGCAGCACCUCCUAAACCAGAAUUUAUUAAAUAUACUGCAGCCUUCAGCAGGAGAAGGCAAGUCUGAGGUCAACUUCAAUCCUUUAGGUUUUCUCAACCCAAAUGUAAAUGCUGCUUUAGCUUUGCUCUCCAGUGAUGUGGAUGGGCAGGUGCUGCAACCUGUCCAUUUUCAGCUGCUAGCAGCUCUUCUUCAGAACCAAGCCCAAGCAGCUGCCAUGCUCCCGUUAGCACCUUUCAGUCUGUCCAUCUCAGAUCUCUUACAGCAACAGCAAAACAAUCCUGUGCCCUCAGUAACACAGAUGACUGCCCCACCACCAGAUCACUUGCUAACCAGUCAGUCAGACACCAACAGAGCUGAGACCCUCUUUACCAAUCCCCUGGGAAACCCUUUCCCAAGCUUUUCAGGCACAGACACUACUUCAAACCCCCUGCUCCUCCCAGCUGUCACUGGGGCCUCAGGAUUAAUGACCUUGAAUCCCCAGCUGUUGGGAGGUGUUCUGAACUCUACAUCGGGCACCACUGCUAAUCAUCCAGAGGUUUCCAUAGCAACCUCCUCUCAGACUACCACUACCACAGCCACUACAUCAUCAGCAGUGGCAGCACUGUCUGUCUCAACACUUGGUGGGACAGCAGUGGUGUCAAUGGCAGAAACAUUGCUGAACAUAUCUAAUAAUGCUGGGAGUACAUCUGGUCCAGCUAAACUCAACAGUAACUCUGUGGUGCCACAGCUACUUAACCCUCUACUGGGGACAGGUCUACUUGGUGACAUGACAUCGAUCAACACGACUCUUAAUAACCAUCAACUAAGUCAUCUGCAGUCACUCUUCAACAACAAUCAAAUGUUCCCAUCAAAUCAACAGCAGCAGCUUCUCCAAGGCUAUCAGAAUCUCCAAGGCUUUCAAGGACAGCCACCUGUUCCUGGGCCACCUAACAACCCCAACCCUAUGGCUUGCUUGUUCCAGAAUUUUCAGGUGAGAAUGCAGGAAGAGGCUGCUUUUCUGAACAAGAGAAUGAUCUCUCAGAUGGGGAUGCCAUCAAUUCCUGAAAGUUCCAACACCCAACUUCCUCCCUUUCAAGAUACAGCAUGCAACUUGCAGCAAAGGAUGGAGCAAUCUGUAGGGCAGCAGGCAAAGGACAACCUCAAUCUAGCUGCCCAGGGUGAUGCUUCUGUCGAUGCAAUCUACAAGGCAGUGGUGGAUGCUGCAAGCAAGGGAAUGCAAGUAGUAAUUACCACUGCAGUUAACAGUACGACACAAAUGAGCCCAAUUCCAGCUCUGAGUGCCAUGAGUGCCUUCACAGCCUCUAUUGGUGACCCAUUAAAUCUGUCCAGUGCUGUCAGCGCAGUAAUCCAUGGAAGAAACAUUGGCAUUUCUGAUCAUGAAGGUAGGACAAGGAACACUAGGGGGGCACGAAUACUGAAGAACUCAGAACACCUUAAAAAUUCCAGUGAGGGGGAUAGCUUAGAGUAUUAUAAACCAACAGGUUGCAACACACCCAAAAAACAGUGGGAAGGGGAGCAAAGUCCUGGAGGGGAAAUGAACAGAUGGAAGUGUGAGGAGUUUUUAGACCAUUCAUCCCAUAUCCACAGCAGCCCUUGCCACGAAAGACCCAACAAUGUCUCCACACUGCCAUUAGUCCAAGGCAAGCAGCAUCCAAUACUGUUACCACAGCGAAACUGUCAAAGUGAUAAAAUGUUGGAGGAGAACUUCAGGUAUAGCAAUUACAAAAGAACUAUGAUGAGUUUUAAAGAGAGACUAGAGAGCACUGUGGAGCGAUGUGCACACAUAAAUGGAAACAGGCCUCAACAGAGCAGAGGGUUUGGAGAGUUGCUGAAUGCUUCCAAGCAAGACCUGGCAGUGGAGGAGCAGUCUCCAAGUUCCUCGAAUAGCUUUGAAAGUUCUCUAGUUAAAGACUACAUCCAUUAUAAUGGAGACUUUAAUGCCAAAAGCAUUAAUGGGUGUGUGCCUAGUCCUUCAGACGCUAAAAGCAUUAGUAGUGAAGAUGACCUAAGGAAUCCCGAUUCCCCUUCUUCAAAUGAGUUGAUACAUUACAGGCCAAGGACGUUUAACGUUGGGGACUUGGUCUGGGGCCAAAUAAAAGGACUGACUUCAUGGCCUGGUAAAUUAGUAAGAGAAGACGAUGUUCACAACUCGUGUCAACAAAGCACUGAGGAUGGGAAGGUGGAGCCGGACAAAUUGAAGACACUAACAGAAGGUCUGGAAGCCUACAACCAUGUAAGAAAGAGGAAUAGAAAAAGUGGGAAGUUAAAUAAUCAUUUAGAAGCUGCUAUACAUGAGGCAAUGAGUGAACUUGACAAAAUGUCUGGGAAUGUACACCAAAUUCCACAGGGAGACAGACAGUUGAAGCCUCCAAAACCGAAGAGGAGGAAGAUCUCUAGAUAACAUUGAAUGUCUUUGUUACUGGUCCAGUACUUAUAGAAACAAACAUGCACAUAAAUAUAUAUGGAUAGAUUUCAUCACCACAGGGUGCUAAACAAAACAGUGGUACAGUAUUCUUGUUGGUAAAGAGAAAGAAGUCAGUUCAAAUCUUCAAAAGGUUACAGUGUGUCUAUAGAACCCUUUUUUCUAUAAUACUAAAAUUGUGAUUAUAAGAAAUAGUCCAAAUGUUUCUGCAAAAUUUUCAUUGUGUAUAUAGAUAAAACAGAAUUUCAUGGCGAUAUCUGAAAUGUAAAUAAUGUAUAAUAUUGUCAUGUACAAGCGUACCUAAUGCACACUUUAUCUUUUAUUGUACAAAAAAAUAGUGUACAAAAUUCUUUGGUUUCUAUUGAGUACACAUACAAGAGACUACCAGUGUAAAGUGAUAAAUAAAAAUACAGCCUAAAUGCUUUUAUAUAAUAAUGUAAAAGAUGCUGUUUUUGUAUUUAACAGCAGUGGAAAGGCAUGAUUAUGUAAUACCUUAAUUAUGACAUAACACUUCUCGCCACUGAGUGUUCAUUUAUAGUGUCUGUUUAGAAUGAACCUUGCCUGGAAGUACUGUACUCCGUUUCAGGUCUCUGUAGGAGAGUGCAACCUUGCAGAUUCCGAAAGGGAUGUGGGAUUGCAGGUUGAAUUAAGAAGUCAAAAGCUGCAACUACUGGUUGCAUUUUUAAAAAAUUUACCUGAGUUUUAGAGUACUGUAGAAUUUUUUUAUUAAAAAAAAUUAGAUAGAAUAUUUUUAGUCAGAUAUUGCUUUAACAGAGUUUCAUAGCCACCUGCUUUCAAAUCAAAAUCACCUUACACCAUCAUUCAUUUUGAAACCCUUCGAAGCCAAAUUGGCUAGUCUGGUUUAGUUAAAGCAGAGAACACAUUCCUUUAAAUGUAUGAGAGCAAUGGCCCAGUGUUAUGAACAGUUCUCAUUACUAAUAUUGUUGUUCGCUAUCAGACCAGCUAGUAGAGCAAAAAGGUGUUCCCAAAACUAAAGAAGAAGGGGGUGUCAGUGAUCAUUUGUGCCUGUUUGUCUCUCUUGAGUUCAGUGAGACUGUCGGUGCAAGCGGUCACUGAAUUGCCUCGCCUGCCAUAGAGACAUCCAUUCUACAGUAUUAAUAAACUAGAAGCGAAAGGUGGCUUACAAAACUACUAGCAGCAGUGGCUGGGAUCCAAAGAACUAAAGAAGUAGUUCUGUGCACCCAAAGGGGCUUCUCUGUUUGUUUGUUUGUUUGUUUGUUUGUUUUUAACAGAUCCUGCCCACUGUGAGGUGGCAAACCACAUAAAGUCCAAAAUCCCAUCAGGCAUGCCCAGAUCCUUGAACAUGCCUAAAUGAUCUCUUUUUGGAUCCCAGCCAGUGGUUUUAUCAGUAUUAUGUAACAUAUCAGAUUUAUUUUAUUUAAAAAGAAUUAUUUAUACCAUUAACAGAUUAUAUAUAAAUAUAUAUAUUAAUGUGGCAGAAAUGUGCAGGUUGAAUCUUAUUAACCAGAUUAUUUAUGUUAUGUUAAGUUUGAAAGAAAUGUGAAACAUGUAUGUUAGAAAGAUGAUCAUACACUACAGAUACACAAACCUAAAGCUGUGAGCCAUUCUCAAAACACCAAUAUCUUUUUUUUUUUUAAUGUAGCACAGUGUCAUUUUCAGCAUUGGUGCUGGUUCUGGUGGCAAUGGCCUUUUCCCUCUUCCAGGCAUCCCAAUACUUAAUCUCGGUUCACCAUGCCUGGUCCCACGAUGGGAGUCCUUAGGACCAUCUACUACCUCUUCAUCUGGGAGCCACCAUUUUGUUUUAUCCUGGGAUUUCAUUCCUUAUAAUGGCUUAGUUACCUCUUCUAGCAAAGACUGCUGGUAAGUCAGCAUCAUCUGUGGCUGAUAACAGUACCAGUAUACUGAUAACCAAAAUUUAGUGCUUGUACAAGGAGUAGUCAGAGGUGCACCUAGGUAAUUUUGGAGCCUGGACCUAAAGGCCUUUGGAGGCUCACCCUCCCCUGAAAAUUAAGCAUCGUCAUGCUUGGCCGGGCGACCACACCACCCUGGACAGACUAAAGAGGAUUUGGGGGGCCCAGGGGCUGUGGAGGCCCUGGACUUCGGCCCAGAAGUCCAGGGGUAAGAGUGCCUCUGGUCAUUCUCUGCCCAGUUCACCUUCUCAGGGCCCAAGUUCUAUUUUCCAUGUGAUAUGAGCCCCAAUAGCCCCAGCGAACAAGAGAUCUCAAGGAAGGACAUUCCCAUGGUCAGGUCUCCUGUGCCAAUGCACAUAGCACUAACGCUAAGCUGGAUAAAGUGUGCUUAUCCCAUGCAGACAGCUCUUAUUCCUAUUUCCACACCCCAACCUGAUGGAAUGCAAUUAGCUACACUAAGCUACAGUGGCCUGGAGACAGGAACCCUUCCUUCUGCUGGGUAGGUUCAUUUUGUCUUUUGUGUAAUGGCAGGGUAGCCUGCCACAGUCCUACAUGAAAACUCAUGUGAAGUGAUCUUUUGUGUAGUUUAGUUAGCACUCUUUUAUUUUUUUUGUUACAAGUUGAUGUGUUUGUUACGUUUAAAGAGUUAAUGUUGUCCAUUUUUCGUACCAGCCUGCUUUCUGCUCUCGUCUAAACAGAUGUUUCUAUUCAUGAAUACUCAUGAGUGUGUGUGUGUGUGUGUGUGUGUGUGUGUGUGUGUGUGUGUGUGUAAGAGAGAGUGGGUGUGUGGUUGUGUGUUUAUAAUCAUUUUUUUUAAGUUUGCUUUUUUUUGUUUUUUGGUCCCUGGAUUUGUAUUGAUCAACCCUUCUUUUGACAUUUUAACUAAUUAGGUUUGUACUUUUCUCACCAAUGUAUACUUUACAUUAGUAGACUAUGUAAAGUAUUUUUGUGCACUUGAUUUCAUUGGUUAAUAUUGGCAUUGAUGUGAGUGCUAGGAGUAGUUUGUUUCAGUCCAUACAGAUUUUUUUCCUCCUCUUUAGAGUUUUUAUGGUUUUAUGUAAGCAGUUAAUGUAAAUAUUGUGAGAAUUACAGGUCAUGCAGUGUUGUAACAUUUUAAAAAAUGUUGCACCUACUUUACAAUUAAAAAGCUGGUCACUCGUACUUGAAUUUUGCCCAUAGAGCCAUUUCUUUCUCUUUGCAUUAAUGCAUAAAUUACUUUUUUUUUUAAAUCAAGGCCCAACCCUUCUUUCUAUACUUAUUUUUUUGUUUAACAAAUCUAUAUUUUUCUAACAGAAGAUUUUAACAUUUAAAAAAAUGCCAACUUUCUAACUUAUGAUGAGAUACUCCUAUAUUUAGAGAGUCAGAAAAUACCCUCAUUUUGGAAAGUGGAAUAAUUUAAUUCUGUAACUUGGCACAAUGACAGAAAUCACAAGUGGGACAUUGAAGUUGGGCCCCAGAAGAUUAAUUAGCCUCUCAUUAGAUUGAAUAGUGGAUGUUUGUGUGGUAUUUUGAGGAUAUAAAGUGCUAACUAUC